AUGGCGCCUCUUGGUCCUUACAAGCUCGUCACCGUCAACAACGCGCCCGAACGCGCCAAACGACUGAUCGGCCGUGUCGUCGAGGAUGUCAAAGACAAGUACACCAUCAUCCAUGCUGGGAACGCCGACGAUAUUUCCAAGGUCGACGAAGUGGUGACAGAGAUCAAGCCGGACCUGUUGUUUACCGCCUCCAUGUGGACGCCCGAGCAGAGCAAGACGGCCCACGACACGGCGAGGAGCAUCGUGCCGAACGUCAAGACGUUCGCCCUGCCCCAGGGUCUGCAGGUCGAAAGGGGCCCGGACGCCGUCGUUGACUACAUCAAGGAGAACCUGCCUGCGCUGCUCGAGGGCGAGGCGAGCAACGCAUGA